CUAAGAAAUCAGUUAUUUGCUUUCAGAACAUUACUAUUUUCUUGUGGCAUAACUUGAAGGUGGGCAGAUUCUCCAUAUAAGCUUUCGUUAAGUUGCACUCCGUCCACGGUAUGCUAAUUGCUUCAACUUCUGUCAGCCGAUCAAACGCUCCAUCACGAUCAGAAGUUAAGCCCUUGGCAAUGGCGCCAAUGCGCAUCUUUCGGAACCUUGAUAGUUUACCAGCUCAUUCGUAUAAGAAGAUGCAUGAUGUGCAUCCCUCCCGCCACAAAGCCUCUCGACCAAAUGCAGGCAGGGUAUUUGGCUGAUCAUGAUGCCACAGUGGCGAAGAGCAUGCGGACUUACACAUGCAUAUGCAGUGCGUACUCUGUCUAAACCGCUCCUUUGUCCUAACGCAGCUCAGCGUCGAUGGCCACAUUCUGGACCUAUGAUUAUGCUUGUUCACUUGUCGAAGAGUGGACGUUCCUCCUCGGAUCGCGCUGGACCAGGAUAAAGAGCCUUUAUAUCGUUACACGAAUCAUGCCCUUUUUUCUCCUCGUCAUAAAUCUAUAUCAGAACUUCACCCCGACCGAGGACUUUAAUAAAUGCCGGAUCUUGGGCUUUAUUGAUUUAGCUUUGGGCAUAAUAUCAGUGACUUGCUCCGAAUCCUUUUUCAUCCUCAGAACAUAUGCGCUCUGGAACAACAAUAGAAUUGUGCUCGCAGCCAUGCUGACUGCCUUUUUUGCUACCUUUGUAGCAUCUAUCGUGACUUCCCUUGUUGUCCAUGAUGAUACCGCACCAUAUGCGACCGGCGCGAUCCCGGGCAUGACAGGUUGCUUGUUAAAUGGCAGGCUCUCCAUCCCAUAUAUUCUCUUGUUUCAGUUUGAACUGGGACUCAUCUUCCUCACCCUCAUACGUGCUAUACAGAGCUGGCGGACGGCCAACAGCCCUCUGUACGCCAUUCUGGUCAAGCAUAAUAUAUUCUACUAUGCAUGCGGUUUGUUGUUCUCAGGCGUGAACGUCGUUACAUCAUUUAUGGUCCAUUACCAGUACCAUGCCAUGUUCCAAGAUUUCCAGUUUAUCAUCCUGGCGAUUCUUGCCUUGCACAUGCACCUCCAGCUCUGGCAGAUCAACGAGCACGUACACGGCUCUGACGCUCCCGUGUCAAAUCUCGAGUGCAUUCCUCUGCCCAACGUGUCAUUUGCGAGUGAUAUGGCAUGAUGCCUUGUCGCUUGGCUAGUUCGGCGUUGUUGGAGUUUGCACUGUGCGAGGUGAGCUUGGUCAAUGCAGCCUCUGCUGCUCGAUCUGGGUUUGGUGGCUUUGGAUGAUCUUGAACUUGUGGUUAUGGUCUGUGUACUGUCAUAAUUUACUAUCGAUUAGUGUCGAGCUUCCGCUGUGAGCGACGGUAGAUGAGUGGAUCUAGGAUUGGGUUUGCUGGGUUGUCGGGGGCGCGAGACUCGA